AGCAGCUCGGACCUGGCGAUGUCGUCACCUCUGCCCUUGCUCUAUCUCUGCAUCGCUGCCGCACACCUAGCGGGAGCGCGAGAUGCCACUCCCACCGAGGAGCACACUGCAACCGUCAGGGGUCUUCAGGGACGGCCGCCAGACCCCGGCCAGCCCUCGCCGGCCCUGGAGGACUGGGAGGAGGCCAGCGAGUGGACGUCGUGGUUCAACGUGGACCACCCGGGAGGAGAUGGUGACUUCGAGAGCCUGGCAGCCAUUCGCUUCUACUAUGGUCCCGCGCGCGUGUGCCCGAGGCCGCUGGCGCUGGAGGCGCGCACCACGGACUGGGCGCUACCCGCUGCAAUAGGCGAGAGGGUGCACGCCAACCCAGAGCGCGGAUUCUGGUGUCUUAAUCGCGAGCAGCCGCGAGGCCGCCGCUGCUCCAACUACCACGUGCGCUUCCGCUGCCCACUGGAUCCACCUUAUCUCCCUCCUUGCUCUGCAGAGGCGGCGUGGGGCGCUUGGGGCGCUUGGGGCCUCUGUUCCAAGAGUUGCGGGCCAGGCCGUCGCCUGCGCCGUCGCAGCUGUCAAAGCUCAUCUGGGGACACAUGUCCUGGGAGCCCCCAGGAGGCACAGAAGUGCGUGAGAUCCCGUUGCCCAGCUCCCCCCAAGAGUUCUCUCUGCCCCUGCUGCUCCCAUGUUCCCCUAGGAUGUAGCUCUGACACCUGCGGGUGCCCCAACCACAUCCUCUUGGGCUCGGUGGUCACCCCAUCUGGGCGACCGCUGUCAGGAGCCAGGGUCUCCCUUCGAACUAGACCUGGCACCGUAGCCACCAGUGACACCCAUGGAACCUUCCGGGUGCCUGGAGUCUGCGCUGGCAGCAAGGCCAACGUCAGUGCCCGGAUGAAUGGCUUCUCUGCUGGUACAGCCCAGGCCCAUGCCAACACCUCCAACUCUGCUGUGGUCACCAUCGUCCUUGAAGAGUUAGGGAAGCCGUACCUGGUAAAGCACCCUGAGUCUCGAGUUCGAGAGGCAGGUCAGAAUGUGACCUUCUGCUGCAAGGCCUCUGGGACACCCAUGCCCAAGAAAUAUUCCUGGUUCCACAACGGGACCUUACUGGACCGACGCCAGCAGGGGUCUGGGCCACACCUAGAGCUCCAGGGGCUUCGUGAGGAGCAGGCAGGGGAGUACCACUGCAAGGCCUGGAACGAGGCGGGCACCGUGCGAUCCCGCGCUGCCCACCUCACGGUGCUCGCUCCCGGCCAGCCAGCCUGUGACCCCCGACCUCAGGAACACCUGAUCAAACUUCCGGAUGACUGCGGCCAGCCGGGUGGCGGCCCCACGUACCUAGACGUGGGACUGUGCGCAGACACGCGCUGCCCCGGCCCCGUGGGCUCCGGCCCGCGCUGUGGGGACGCAGGCUCUCGCUGCUGCUCAGUGCUACGCCUGGAGAGCAGAGAUAUCCGCUGCUCUGGCUAUGUGCUCCCAGUGAAGGUGGUGGCUGAGUGUGGCUGUCGCAAGUGCCUGCCCCGUCGGGGACUGGUGCGAGGCCGCGUGGUGGCUGCGGACUCUGGGGAGCCCCUGCGUUUCGCCAGGAUCCUAUUGGGCCGCGCACCCAUCGGCUUCACCUCCUACCAGGGCGACUUCACCAUCGAGGUGCCGCCGGCCACCGAGCGCCUCGUGGUGACCUUUGUGGACUCGAGUGGUGAGUUCGUGGACAGCAUCCGCGUGUUGCCUUUCGACCCUCGCGGCGCUGGUGUGUACCACGAGAUCCGCGUGCUGCGCAAGGCGGCCGCAGUGCUGCUGGACGCGGAGCAGGGCGGUGAAAUCCCGCUGGGCGGCACAGAGGAGGCGCCAGCACUAGGCGAGCUAGUCUUGCCGCCCCGGACCUUCCACCACCCCGACGGCCGUCCCUACUCCGGGCCCGUGGAGGCGCGUGUCACCUUCGUGGACCCUCGUGACCUGGCGUCGGCGGCCGCGGCGUCCAGCGACCUGCGCUACCUGGACAGUUCGGGUGAGCUGGCGCCGCUGCGCACCUAUGGCAUGUUUGCAGUGGACCUGCACGCACCCGGCUCCACCGAGCAGCUGCACGUGGCGCGCGCGGACGUGCGCAUGGACGCCGACCACGUGCGCAUGCCCGGACACGCCGAGGCUCUGGCACUCUGGUCGUUGGACCCAGAGACCGGCCUGUGGGAGGAGGAGGGGGCUGAGCAGGGAGGAGGCGGCUUCCGGCGUGAGAAGGAGGCGGCGCGCGUGCGCAGGGAGGAGCGCACGUUCCUCGUGGGCGCGCUCACGGUGCGCGAGCGCCGCUUAUUCAACCUAGACGUGCCCGAGCGGCGCCGCUGCUUCGUAAAGGUUCGCGCCUACGGCACAGAUCGCUUCGCGCCCUCAGAGCAGGUGCAGGGCGUGGUGGUGACGCUGCUCAAUCUGGAACCCGCGCCCGGUUUCACGGCCAACCCACGCGCGUGGGGCCGCUUCGACAGCGCGGUCACAGGGCCCAACGGCGCGUGCGUGCCGGCCUUCUGCGACGCCGAGCGGCCCGACGCCUACACGGCCUUCGUGACCGCGUCUCUGGGAGGCGAGGAGCUGGAGGCCGCGCCGUCGCGGCCACGCGCGACCGCGGCCACCGUGGGCGUGGCAGAGCCCUACCUGGAGCGCCUCGGCUACCAGCGCACCGAUCACGACGAUCCCGCGCUCAAGCGCACCGGCUUCCGCUUGAACCUUGCACGUCCACGCGCGGGCCACGAGUCCGAGGCGCACGGGCCCGUGUAUCCGUGGCGCCGCCUGCGCGACUGCGAGGACGCGCCGGUCACCGACAGUCACUUCCGAUUCUCGCGCGUAGAGGCAGACAAGUACGAGUACGACGUGGUGCCAUUCCACGAGGGAGCGCCCGCCUCGUGGACCGGCGACCUGCUGGCCUGGUGGCCCAACCCGCAGGAGUUCCGAGCGUGCUUCCUGAAGGUGCGGCUGCAGGGCCCCCAGGAGUACAUGGUGCGUUCGCACAACGCGGGCGGCACCCACGAAGACACGCGCGGCCACCUCUAUGGGCUGCGCGACACUCGCAGCGUGCGCAACCCUGAGCGCCCGGGCGCCUCGGCCGCCUGCGUGGAGUUCAAGUGCGGCGGCAUGCUGUUUGACCAGCGCCAAGUGGACAGGACGCUGGUGACUGUGACCCCUCAGGGCAGCUGCCGCCGCGUGGCCGUCAACACCCUCCUGCAGGACUAUCUAGCCCGGCACCCGCCGCUCGCCCCCGCGGACGACCCCGCCACCUUCGCCAUGCUGGCUCCGCUUGACGCCCUGGGCCACAACUAUGGUGUCUACACGGUCACCGACCAGAGCCCACGGCUGGCCAAGGAAAUCGCCAUCGGCCGCUGCUUCGACGGCUCCUCGGACGGCUUCUCCCGGGAGAUGAAGGCGGACGCGGGCACAGCGGUUACCUUCCAGUGCCGAGAGCCGCCCGCCAGACCCAGCCUCUUCCAGAGGCUGCUGGAGAACCCCGCAUCGGCCCUUGGCGACAUCCGUAGGGAGAUGGGCCAAGCCGCCCGCGAUUCCCGGGUUACCCAAACCCAGGCUGGGGACACCGGCCCCUUCGGUUCUGGACAGUGACCUGGUCCACGACUUCAUUCUGCCUUGCUUUGGACUCGUGUAUCUUCGAAAAGCCUCCCCGCUUUGGCUCCCAGGCUUGAGUCCCCUCCCCCACUUGUCCACCAAGAAUUUGUUCAAGAUGAAAACUAAGGGUGGGAAUUUGGGGCAGGCAGCCGUGGCUGUGACCAGAAACAGUGUCCAGUUGUAGGUGAACGUGGUUGUCCACCUAAGGCCUGGGCCUCAGCCGAGGCAGGUUCUGAAUGACUCCAAUGCCCUGGGUUGCAGCCUUUGUGGGCUCCCCUGCCCCAGCUUUGGUUCUGAGGCCGUAUUUAUUGAGAUAAAGCCCAGGGGGUGGGUUUGAGUUGGGAUACAGGUUGGCCCCAUGGAAUGUGAGGAAAGGGUGUUUUGGGGUUGCCAUGCAGGAGGAGCUAGGGCUCCAGGGGGACGGAUCCAUGGUGCUUGGGAAUGCCCUCAGGACUUGGGGGCAGGUGCUAUCGGGCUCAAUUAAAAAUGCUACAAUUCCCAA